AGCGAGCUCUCUGCGGUGCCUUUUACGCAGCUGGGACACACUCUUCUCUCCUGUCCGUGGACAUCAGAGCUCGAGACUCUUCAGCUUUUGGGUUCCAGAACUUACACCAAGGACACCAUCAGCUUCCCUGGUUCUGAGGCCUUUGCACUUGGACUGAGCCACGCUGACAGCAUCCAGUUUAUAGACGGCCUAUCCUGGGACUUUUCUUCACAGCCACAGCUCGACCUCAUGGACCUCAUAGGAGAAGACAGAAAGUGGAUGGUGGGGAGGAAGCUAAUGCAGGUGAACGACACUCUGACUUCUGAAGAUGCAGGGCUCCGGAGCAGCAAGAACUGCACUGAACCAGCCUUGCAUGAAUUCCCCAAUGACAUCUUCACCAACGAGGACAGACGACAAGGAGCGGUGGUCCUCCACGUGCUCUGUGCCAUGUACAUGUUCUACGCUCUGGCCAUCGUGUGUGAUGACUUCUUCGUCCCCUCCUUGGAAAAGAUCUGCGAGCGCCUGCACCUGAGUGAAGAUGUCGCUGGGGCCACGUUCAUGGCGGCGGGCAGUUCAGCCCCAGAGCUCUUCACAUCAGUCAUAGGGGUCUUCAUCACCAAGGGUGAUGUGGGCGUUGGGACCAUCGUGGGUUCGGCGGUGUUCAAUAUCCUGUGCAUCAUUGGUGUCUGCGGGCUCUUCGCUGGGCAGGUUGUGGCUCUUUCCUCCUGGUGCCUGCUGAGGGAUUCCAUUUACUAUACGCUGUCUGUGGUCGCCCUCAUUGUGUUCAUUUAUGAUGAAAAAGUUUCCUGGUGGGAGUCUUUAGUCCUUGUGCUGAUGUAUCUUAUCUACAUUGUCAUCAUGAAAUAUAAUGCUUGCAUACAUCAGUGCUUUGAAAGGAGGACAAAAGGUGCUGGGAAUAUGGUCAAUGGAUUGGCCAACAAUGCUGAAAUUGACGACAGCAGCAACUGCGACGCAACCGUGGUGCUACUUAAGAAAGCCAAUUUCCACCGCAAAGCAUCAGUGAUCAUGGUGGAUGAACUGCUGUCUGCCUACCCACACCAGCUUUCUUUCUCCGAGGCUGGCCUUCGAAUCAUGAUCACAAGCCACUUUCCCCCCAAGACCCGGCUCUCCAUGGCCAGCCGCAUGUUGAUCAAUGAGAGACAAAGACUGAUAAAUAGCAGGGCUUACGCCAAUGGGGAAUCUGAGGUGGCCAUCAAAAUCCCAGUCAAGCACACCGUGGAGAACGGAACAGGGCCCAGCAAUGCCCCGGACAGGGGCGUGAGCGGGACUCGGAGGGACGAUGUUGUCGCCGAGGCUGGCAACGAGACGGAAAAUGAGAAUGAGGACAACGAGAACGAGAAUGACGAGGAGGAAGAGGAGGAUGAGGAGGAUGAGGAAGGGCCAUACACGCCAUUCGACCCCCCCUCUGGCAAACUGGAAAUAGUGAAAUGGGUGUUCACCUGGCCACUGAGUUUGGUCUUAUACUUCACUGUACCCAACUGCAACAAGCCUCGCUGGGAGAAAUGGUUUAUGGUGACAUUUGCUUCCUCCACGUUAUGGAUCGCAGCCUUCUCCUACAUGAUGGUGUGGAUGGUCACCAUCAUUGGGUACACACUGGGGAUUCCUGACGUCAUCAUGGGGAUCACCUUCCUGGCUGCUGGAACCAGCGUGCCCGACUGCAUGGCCAGCCUCAUCGUGGCCAGACAAGGGAUGGGGGACAUGGCUGUGUCCAACUCCAUUGGGAGCAACGUGUUUGACAUCCUGAUUGGCCUGGGUCUCCCCUGGGCUCUGCAGACCCUGGCUGUGGAUUAUGGAUCCUACAUUCGGCUGAAUAGCAGGGGGCUGAUCUACUCUGUGGGCUUGCUCCUGGCCUCCGUCUUCGUUACAGUGUUCGGCGUUCACCUGAACAAAUGGCAGCUGGACAAGAAGCUGGGCUGCGGGUGCCUUUUCCUGUACGGCGUGUUCCUGUGCUUCUCCAUCAUGACGGAGUUCAACGUGUUCACCUUUGUGAACUUGCCCAUGUGUGGGGACCACUGAUCCGCUGGGCCACCCGCAGAGGCCCAGGUCCUUCCCUUCUGUGCAAUAUGAGACCCGGCCGCACCCGAGUCAGCGGGCCCCAGGGUCACGGCGGCCGUCUCUCCUGUGCUGUCCACAGCCUCCGCUCCUGUCCUGGUGCUCAGGCUGUCCCCAGCCCAUUCCUCGCUCCCCCACCUCGUGUGAAGACGUCCAACAUCUACGUGAAUUUUCAAGCUCCAUUUCUGAACAGUGACUGAGAUUCUAGAAAAACUGGCUGCUAACUGGCCCAAGCCAGGCAAAACUGAUCACAAUCCCUCCUCCUUUUUUAAGUUAUUUGAUGGAAGACUAACCUAAUUUAUGACCUGAGACUGUUGAAGACAUAGAGAGGCUCCACUGAUCACAGGGAGUGUUUGGGAUUUUGUUCUGUUUUGAGGUGAUUCCAAGGUUACUGCGUUUGGGGGGGUUGUUUUAUUGGGGAGGGGGGCUCCCCCUUUUGUUCCUUUUCUUCCAGAGAUCAAGAGGUGCCCUUGUGUCGUCUUUCUCUGGGCUCUGGAUUAGUUGAAGACCCACAGGUGGUACUGCCGCGUCUCCUGGGACUGAAUCCCAGCCAUGCUGGAGGACGCCUGGAUUCAGUGCUUAUUAUGGCAGCGCCGAGCAAGGCCACCGGGGACAAAUGCUUGUUAUUUUAUACCCAAGGACACCUCGCUAAAGUCUUGUGGGCGUGACAGUGGGAGCUGUUUUGGAGGAAGAAGACAGCUUUUCCCAUGUCAAUUAUGACCAUCUCUUUCUCACUAGGUUCUUUCUAGUUUUCAAGCAAUAGUUUUAGCCUGCCUGAGGCCUUUGACAAGGGGGCCCGGUCAAACUAUCCAUCCGCUAGGCUCCAGGCAGUCAACGACAGAAGCUUCCCCAACAUGUGAGUCCCUGAGAUGUGCUCUUGUUGCUUGGUAUUUGGGGUGACAGGGAGUGACCCAGAGGCCACCACUGUUUUCCGUGCAGGAGUUAGAGACACUGGUUUCUUGGACAUUGGAGAGAAGCGCACUUUGCACAGACAUUGUCAAUUAAGCCCCGAUUCGCCACUUGGUAUCGAGUACACUGGACCCUGACAGCUGGCUUUGGGCAAGCGUCCUUCCUCAGAGGACGCCUCUGCCCAGUCGGCCCAGCCCCACCCCUUCCCUCCUGGAGGGAUGGCCAGGGAAGGAGAAAACACAGAGAACUGACACCUUUGAAACCACAGAACGUGUUAAACGCAGACUCAUUCAAGGGCAUAAGUUAUUGUGAACGUUUUUUUGCCAAUCACUGCUCAGCAGCCCCGCUAGAUUUUGUAUGAUGCAGACUUAUUAUGCAGAUUAAUUCCACCGAGUUGAGACCCACCCAUGCUUAUUACACUUGUAUUUAUUGAAUCUGUGGAUUCUUGCCUGUGCUGUCCCUUGUAUUUACUUUAAGCACUGAUCACUUAUCAUUCAUUCCAUAUGGUUUUCCCCAUCCCUUGUACACAUCCUGGUAUGAAUUGUAAAAAAAACCUGCUACCAAUUGGUUGAAUGUUUCUGUCUGUGGUGCAAACCAAGGCCAAUGUGAGCCAAUGGGGCACCUGCCUGACUGAGGAAAGGAGAGGAAAUCACCAAUUUGGGCUCUCAGAGCUAAGACACACUUAUGAUUCUGUUGCACAUUUUGCACUGGUU